UGAAGACGAAAGUGUUUCUGAUUAUUUACUUGUUUCUGAAACUUUUGUAGAUUAUUCUCCGCUGAAAUAUGAACUAUAUCAAGAUAAAGAAAAGGAAACUGCAACUAAAUUUCUUAUAAAAUUUAUGAAAUUAGUUCUAACUGAAAUUGAUGGUGAUAAGUUUAACAGAUUUCCAAGUACUCUUUAUUUAGCAAAGAAAUUGCUUA